AUGAAAGACAAUACUACAAGCUGGUCUUGUUCUUGUUCUUCGUGGAAACUAUGUUUGUUGUCCGUUCUCUUUCUCACUGAGACGAUCGCCGCCGUGAAACUGCCGCCAAACUUGACGGUUCCGGCGGUAAUGGCUUUCGGAGAUUCCAUCGUGGACACCGGAAAUAACAACAAUGUCAAAACUGUAGUGAAAUGCGAUUUUCAACCUUACGGUAUCAAUUUCCAAGGCGGAGUUGCCACCGGGAGAUUCUGCGACGGACGAGUCCCCGCCGAUUUGCUAGCCGAGGAACUAGGAAUAAAAUCAAUUGUACCAGCAUAUCUCGAUUCAAAACUAAAACCCGAAGAUCUUUUAACCGGUGUAUCAUUUGCGUCUGGAGGUUCUGGUUAUGAUCCUAUCACACCAAAACUCGUGGCAGUAAUAUCAUUAGAAGAGCAAUUGAAAUAUUUCGAGGAGUACAUAGAGAAAGUGAAGAAUUUAGUUGGGGAAGAAAGAAAGGACUUCAUAUUAGCAAAUAGCUUAAUCUUAUUGGUCGCAGGAAGUGAUGACAUAGCCAAUACAUACUACACUCUUCAUGCAAGACCUCACUACGACGUCGAUUCGUACACUACUCUUAUGGCGGACUCUGCCUCAGAUUUUGUGACUAAAUUAUACGGAUAUGGAGUGAGACGAGUAGCUGUGUUUAGUGCACCACCAAUCGGGUGUGUACCAUCACAAAGAACAUUGGGUGGAGGUCUUUUAAGAGAUUGUGCUAAGGAUUACAACGAUGCAUCAAAGCUUUUCAAUUCAAAGCUCUCCAACAAAAUGGAUUUGUUGCGUCAAACUCUAGUCGGUAUCAAACCGAUCUACAUUGAUAUCUAUAACCCUCUUUCAGAUAUCAUUCAGUAUCCUGCAAAAUACGGAUUUGGAGUGUCUACCAAGGGAUGUUGUGGAACAGGAGCCAUAGAAGUUGCUGUGUUGUGCAAUAAAAUCACAUCUUCUGUAUGUUCCGACGUGUCUAGUCAUGUGUUUUGGGAUAGUUAUCAUCCUACAGAAAAAGCUUACAAUGUAAAAAAAUUAUUGGUAUUAGCAUUAUUUUCCAUUUAUAUCUUAUCAACAGAAGCUGCCAAUGGAUCAUUUCCCGCGAUUUUGGCUUUUGGAGAUUCAAUACUCGAUACCGGUAACAACAAUUACCUCCUGACUCUAAUGAAAGGAAAUUACUGGCCAUAUGGGAGGAGUUUCAACAUGAGAAGGGCCACGGGAAGAUUUGGAAAUGGAAGAGUGUUCUCCGAUAUAGUUGCCGAAGGUUUAGGGAUAAAAAAAACUCUACCAGCUUAUCGUAAGUUGUUCACUCCUCCAAACGACCUUAAAACCGGUGUUUGUUUCGCAUCCGGUGGUGCAGGAGUAGACCCUGUUACAUCUAGAAUGCUGAGAGUUUUAUCCCCGGGCGACCAAGUAAAAGAUCUCAAAGGCUACAUAAGGAAGCUAAAGGGAAUCGCUGGUCCAUCAAAAGCAAAGGAUAUAAUUGCAAACGCUGUUUUUCUUAUUUCUGAAGGAAAUAAUGAUAUUGGAAUCACAUUUUUUGGGACUCCAUCAGCAAUGUUUAGAGGAAUGAAUCGGAAAAGAUAUACCACUAAACUAGUUGGUUGGAACAAACAAUUUAUGAAAGAAUUAUAUGAUCAAGGAGCGAGAAAAUUCGCGGUGAUGGGAGUGAUACCAUUGGGAUGUUUGCCUAUGUCAAGAAUCUUCCUUGGUGGGUUCGUCAUCUGGUGUAACUUACCCGCGAAUAUAGUAUCGCAAGAUUACAACAGAAAAUUGCAAACCGGGUUGAAAAGUUGGUCAGGAGAAUCGGGUUUUAGGGGUGCAAAGUUUGUCUAUGUCGACAUGUACAACUCUCUUAUGGAUGUUAUAAAAAAUCAUAGGAGAUACGGAUUUACUAAUGAGAAGAAUGGGUGUUGUUGUAUGCUUACGGCAAUUGUACCAUGCCCUAACCCAGAUAGAUACGUCUUCUAUGACUUUGCUCAUCCCUCCGAGAAAGCCUACAAGACAAUUGCUAAAAAGCUUGUCGAUGAUAUCAAGAGAGAGGCCGGUAAAAAUAAAACAUUUUCUGCACUUUUCGCUUUUGGAGAUUCAGUAUUAGAUACUGGUAACAACAAUUUUCUCCUUACUCUACUAAAAGGAAAUUACUGGCCAUAUGGUUGGAGUUUUGACUAUAAUGUACCGACCGGAAGAUUCGGAAAUGGAAGAGUUUUCACCGAUAUAAUUGCACAAGGUUUGGAGAUCAAAAGACUUGUACCACCUUACCGGAAGAUUCGUCGCCUUAGAAACAAUGACCUUAAAACUGGCGUUUGUUUCGCAUCAGGUGGUUCAGGAAUCGACGAUCUUACAUCCAAAACACUGAGAGUUUUAUCCGUAGGCGACCAAGUACAAGAUUUCAAAGAGUAUUUGACGAAACUAAAGAACGUAGCGAAAGAUAAGAAGGAAGUGAAAGAGAUAAUUUCAAACGCAGUGUUUCUAAUUUCUGAAGGAAAUAACGAUCUUGGAUACUUCGCGGCUCCAGCUCUUGUACGAUUAUACUCCACAAACACAUACACAAGUAAAAUGGUUGGUUGGACCAAAAUAUUUCUACAAGAUUUAUACGAUCUCGGAGCGAGAAAAUUCGCGGUGAUGGGAGUGAUGCCGAUAGGAUGUGUGCCUUUCCAUCGAGCACUAUUUGGUGGGGUAUUCGGAUGGUGUAACUUCUUCUUGAAUAAAAUUACGCAAGACUUCAACACUAAAUUGCAGAAAGGUCUUCAAAGUUACGGAGUAGAAGAUAAUUUUAAAGGUGCAAAGUUUACUUACGUCGACAUGUAUGGCUCUUUAAUGGAUCUUAUCAACCAUCCUAAGGCAUUUGGGUUUUCAGAAGAGAAAAGUGCGUGUUGUUGUAUGCUAUCGGCGAUUAUACCAUGCCUUAACCCCGAGAAGUACGUCUUUUAUGACUUCGCUCACCCCUCCCAGAAAGCUUAUGAAGUAAUAUCUAAACCUCUUAUCUAUAAUAUUAGGAAAGGCCUUGCCUGA